UUCCCCUAAGUGGUCCCUUUACACAGAAGCUUGCUGAACAUUAUUUCAAACUGCGCCCAUUCGUCAAAUGCUUAAGUGAGCUGAAGAAUUUACUGUAAAACAACAGAAAUAGCGUCAUCUUGGCUGUUUGUAGUAUUUUUUUUCCUUUUCCUUUUUCUCUAUUAGCAUUCAGUAUGUUUCUCUCUGAUCGAUAUUUUGUCAGCAACCGCUCCAAAAUUUUAUUGAUCAACUAUUAUUUCUCUAUUAUUACGGAAAUAUGAGAUCCUAAAGGCUGAACUCUUAAAUUCAUUUUGCAUCCAUCCCUUCUCCGUGGCAUUUGGUGGAGCAACGAUCCCGGCUAAACAAAAACAACGACAAUAACAACAACAUGAACGGCAAUAAUGACUCCUACAAUGAUAUGAUAAUAAGUUCUAUGUUAUUAACAAAAACUUUCUGAGUCAUUGCACAGCAACAAUUCAUAUGACCCAUCGGACAGUGGUACUAUUAGACCAUAAGAACUCCCUAUAAAUCAUUCAUCAUCUCUCUCUCUCGCUCAUUCUCUCUCUCUCACACUCAUUCUCUCUCUCUCUCUCUCUUUCUCCCAGUCCUACACAUUCUACAACGUUUAUAUACAUAUUUAUACCAAUUACUUGUGUUUUGUUGGCUCGGACGUUAUUCAAUAACAAGGAAUCAUAUAAAGAUACAAUGUAAAAUUAUUCUUGCAAUUUAAAUUUGAAAAAAAGAAAGAAAUACCCGGUAUUUUAAAGUGCAUUACAUCUAAUAAAACUUUCCUGUACAAACAUAUUCACCCACAAAUAAAAUACUUAUAACCAAACAGGUUAAAAUAUAAUGAUGCAUUCUUCUGCAGCUCAUUGAUAUACGAAUUACAUUUGUGGAAAGCAAUUUAACACUAUAUAUAUAUAUAUAUAUGUAACAGAUUCAAAAAGAAAAAAAGUUCCUUAACUUGAGCCAAGGUUCAAGUUGAUUAAAGUACAUUCAUUCACAAAUGUCAAUACACGCAUACUCCCUGUAUUACAGGAAAUAAUAACAAAAAUGCAUGUGUAAAUUAACAAAUUUUCACACGUUCUUAUGUUUCCCAGACAUAUGUUUGGAUAUGUAAAAACAAAAGGAUGCGCACAAGCCCAUACAAACUGCAGCUUAUAUACAUAUACUCAUGAACCCAUAUACACAUAAAUACACAUGGGUGCAUCAUUUUAGUUGUCUGAUCAAACAAUCUUAUAUAUAUAUAUAUUUAAUGCCUUUUAAAAAUACCAGUGAAAUUUAAUCCACAAAAUCGACUUUGCAAUAUAUUAAAAAGCAAACGACGGCUGUUCUUUGGGAAUUAAAACUUACCACGGUGAAGAUAAAUUUGAGAAGUAGCAGCAAUGACACAAGUCAAAUUGCAAGUACUUUACUUUGCCAUGGUACAUCUAUUACUCCUCGUUUCCAAAGUUGCAGGAAUCCGCUGUGUUCAGUGCAGUUCUCUGAAGAAUCCUCACUGUGUAUCGGGUAAAGUUCCACCUAGUCAAUGUACAUCGAUAGACUCUGGUGCAAACUUCUGCGUCAGGUACAUCGGGAAGUUAGAAACAGGUCGGAUCGUCUACCGUGACUGCAGUGAACGAGACAUGGGCAUACGCUGCAUGAGCAAAGUAACACUUAAUAACGAAACGGUUCGCGUGUGUGUAACAACUUGUUCGUUUGAUGGCUGUAACAGAGAAUCUGCAGAAGCCCCGGAAUUCCCAGCAAGUGCACAAGCCACAAACCUUCAGCUGCUUUUGCUACUUUUGCCCUUCUUUGUAGCGGCUGCCAGUAUGAGACAUCUCUGGGAAUGGGACACAUUUUGAGUCGACACACUUGACAAUUCUCAAAAGUUUAUCAUAUCAAGUACAUUCACCAGCAUCACAACACUCUACAGCCAAGCUCUUAAGAACAUUAUCAGAUAUUUACCUUUUACAUUCACAGUAUGGUCCGAUCGACCCAAGCUUGCUAACUCUCUGUCCUACAGUAUCAGUGAUGCGGCCACAACUUUGAUUCUGCAAAACGCGCAAUUCAAUGAAGACUCGAAUUUUCAGAAACAAACAAUCGAACUCCCAUAUUUACUGUUGUUAUCUAAAUAAAAUAUAAACGCAUCCAAACAACAAAAUCUCCACUUAAAUAAGCUUCGGUCAACUUGCAUCCAUUUUCCUUUUUGCUUCUUUUCACUUGCUUUUGUUGUUCUCUGCAUACAAUUCGAUCCCUCUCUUUUCCUCUUCCCUUUCUACCCUUUGUGUCUUCUGUUUUACUCCACAUCAAUCUGUCUCCGCUACUUUGUUUUCUUAUGGCUCCUAUAUUUAUACAGUCUUUCUCACACUCAUUUUCAUAUAAUUUUAUUACUGAAUCACAUCUUACCUGUUUUCAUAUCUAUUCAUAUUUAUUUUCUACUUCCUUUUUGCCUUUCAUGCUUUCUUCCUCUUAACAUUUUCGAUUCUAUUCUUUCCCUACUCCUGACUUUCUGAUCUUUCGCUCUAUUUUCGUUGUCUUUGACUUUCUUCUUUCAGUGGACAGAAGGAAAAAAAAAAAAGAUAUAAAAAAUACACACUUUCUUAGUAAAAACAACAUGGAAACACUGUGCCUUUUGUCAUUCUCUUCUAAAAUAAUCCGUAAGAUAUUUUCUCUUCGCUUAUCUGUGCUUUUUUAAAAGAAAGAAACCGAAACAGAAAAAUAAAUAAAUAAAAAAGCAUCUUCUUGUUUGAUAUGACCUUCUAAUUUUUGCCUCUUGUGUGGCAAUAUUUAUAUAUCACCUUUGAAACUGUAACAUCACUCGUGUCAGUUGUUUUAUUUUGGAAACAGCUGGAGAAUAAAGAGAUGAUAGUUA